GAUUAAUCAAUUUUGAGAAUUAUAACAAAUUUCAUUGUGGUUUUCACAGCUGUUCUAAGGAGCGGGAAGUAAAACCUUUCGCUUGAUAUAUAAAGUUCACCCACAUGUCUUUUACUUAUUUUUUUAAAAAUAGUUGUAGUUAUGUAUGGCGACAAUUGGUACACCCACCCUACAUCAGCACAUGUACACAAAUCCGGUCAAUGAAAUUUCGAACGACUAUUCUUUCGAAAAUCAUCGAGUUAAUCGCAAGGUAUGCCGCAAAACAGUUGAUCAAAUUCCUAUGGAGCUUUUUGCUCUCGCUAUAUAAUUUUUUUUUUAAAUCUAUUAUUUAUUUGGAAGGCUCAUUUGCCGUGAAAUCCGGCUAUAUAAUUCUGGCACAGAAAGAUAUAAAAUUAUAAAACUUAAGAAUCUUUUUUAGAAUGACAGAAAAAUCAACUACGCAUUCCAUUGAAAGUAUUAGGACAAAACUUAGGCAACCUUCGCACUCACAAUAGAGAUUGCAUUAAAGAAAUAUUUUUAUAAUCCUCGAAAGAUCUUGUUCCAUUUAUUUUUUUGGCGAUUUCAUAAGGAUCAUCGGAAAACUCUUUUGUGCCUGCUUUAGUUAGAAUUUAUUUUUAAGGAUAAAAAAAAUAGAUUUAGAAACCAGUUCGUAUCAGAAAACAUUUCUUUUGCAGCACAAUUCAGAUCGAUUUGGUUGCUUCUCAAGUCUCAUGGAAUUUAUGACUCAUAAAAAACACUUUAGGAUUCAUUAUUGAUUAUGACAAAAUUUCGUGGAAUUUAUUCCACAUCUAAAGAGUUUCAACAAUUUCAAGUUUCAAAAAAAUCGAGAUCUUUAUGCAUUAAGUAAACAUGGAAAUGCUUGAAAACUUUCAGAAAUAUACUCAUAUCGAAUUACAUUUAUAGAUAAUUCGAAGAAGAUUCUUGAAUCUUAGAUUACACACUUAUCCACAUUUAGUAACAUGGAGAAGACAAGUUGACACAGACACAGCGUUUUGAAGCAAUCACAGCAUCAUUGGAAAUCAAUUGUAUUAUUCGCGAUUUUUUAUAUUAGUUAUAGGACGAAUGAGCGAUAAACUUAGUCAAACAAUUUCUAUUGCAAUCCAUGCGCACAAUGCUUUAAAUCGCCUUUGAAAAUUACAUCCCACCAGCUGGUGCCAUGGCCCCCCCUAGACCGAGACUCUAGUUACGCCUAUGGUAAUAAGAUGGGUAUGAUUUUAACUUUCAACCGAUCAAAUUUUCACAAUAACACUAGCGUCGUCGAGCAGAUGAGUUUCGAAAUAAUAUGAUCCAUAAUCAUAUGGUUUUGACCCCUAAAACAUUCUGAAGAAGUCAGCAACUUUCUAAAAUUUACGGAUUCCACAAUAUAUAACCCAACGAGUAUUUUUAUAUACAUUAGCGCUGCCAAGCGGGUGAGUUUUAAAAUAAUGUGAUCUGCAGCAGUUUCGUUUUGUGCUCUUGAACAAAUUUGUGGAAAACUACAACUUUCUACAUCUUAUGGAAUCCACAAUAGCUAAGCAAACAAGUAUUCUCAUAUACACUAGCUCCGUCAAGCGGAUAAGUUCCGAAAUAAUAUGAUCUGCGACAGUUUCGUUUUGACCUCUUGAACAAAUUUGUAGAAGACGGCAACUUUCCAAAAUUUACGGAUUCCACAAUAUCUAACCCAAGGAGUAUUCCCAUAGCGCCGCCAAGCGGAUGAGUUCCGAAAUAAUAUGAUCAGCAACAGUUUCGUUUUGACAUCUAGAACAAAUUUGUAGAAGACGGCAGCUUUCUAAACCUUACGGAUUCCACAAUAUCCAACCUAUCGAGUAUUUCCAUAUACACUAGCGCCGCCAAGCGGAUGAGUUCUGAAAUAAUAUGAUCUGUGGCAGCUUCAUCUUGACCUCUUGAACAAAUUUGUAGAAGACGGAAACUUUCUACAUCUUACGGAUUCUAAAAUAUCUUGGUUAGCACCAACCACGCAAUUUGUAUGAAAAUCACAACUAGCUCUGACGUUUUGAGGUCUCCAGAGGUCAUUUUUGGUCUCAACAUCUCAGACAAAUCUUACAGGACGGAAAAAUUUGUGAGUCCCAAAAUUGUUCGAAUCGGUGCACUAACGGCUGAGAUAUAGUGAUUUGAAAAUAGCGUUCCGACUUUUUUCGAGGCUUGGUCGUUCGUGUAAGUAAAACUUAUCUCAGUUGGAGUAGUGUUAAUGGCUUCUGCACGGGAUGUCACACAUUUCUUUGUCAUCAGUUUCUUGAUAUUUUCUUGCUUUUCGUUCCCGGAGAUGUUGGAUCCAAAGUGUCAUGUCAAAACAUCCUACUUCUAGCGCACCGUAUUUUAUCCUUACAACUUUCGAAUUCCUCUAGAGUUUCAUGUUGCUUCCUUCGAGUACCAUCGGCCCCCUUUUCAGGUUCAUUCGCGGUGGAUGAAUCUGAGGCAUUUGUGGCAGAUAACGAUUCACUGAAAGGCGGGCCGUACUGAGCUUCGGCUGCAGAAGAUACUGCUCUUCUUUGGUAGUUCAUUAGCUCAGAAAGUAAUACUCUAUUCUUGCGUUCUGGGAGGUGUUGGUUCGAUUCCCUCCGGUAGAAAGUGGAUUUCUCGUUUUCAGUAUCAUUUUCCAUAUAGUACAUAGUAAGACUCAGCAGCAUCGUACAUCAUGCGAGGAAGCAAAAACGAUUACAAUGAAUGGGAACGAUUUGUGCGUUGAAUAAUUAUGGGUGGAAUAAAUGUAUUCUGUUAAAGAAUACUCAUUCAAGACACACAGAACAGCCAUCCGAAACCAACAGGAAGGAAUAUAUUGAAUACGGUAGAGUGUAGCUUACUAUGGAAGGAGAAAUACGUAGUGCUGAGACAUUCUUGAAUUUUAAGAAAAAUGCAAAAACUUAUCACAUAAUUAUCAAAAAUGCAUUUGUUGUAUCAUUGCAUUAAAAAUAGGAGACCGAUGUAAAAUGUAAGGUGAUAAAAAGCACGAGCAAAGGAAUUAAAAAAAAUGCACGAUUGAACAAAAAUCAUCGAAAUAGACAUUAAGCACGAAUCUUCACUAGGGAAGCACACAAUUUAAUGGAAUAUUUCAACGGAAGACAAUGAAGCACAAUUUUCAAAACACAAAUUAUUCAAGUUUCAUAAGAGACAAUCCAUUUAAACAAUAUUAGCUUGUUCUAGAUUGUCGAAUUACAUUCCACCAUGAUACGGACUGAAGUUGAUUGGCAAUAUAGAGCGGAGCGUGCGAAUGAUUCGAGCCUUAGUAUAGUGAACGGAACUUAUUGGCCAAGAGGAAAAAUGCUUGGUGGAUCCAGUGCAAUUAAUGGUAUGAUGUACGUGCGAGGAAACCAAAACGAUUACGAUGAAUGGGAACAGCUUGGCAACGCUGGUUGGGGCUGGAAUGAUGUUUUAAAAUAUUUCAUCAAAUCGGAAGACAACCAAGAUCCGGAAACUGUUGGAAGUUAUGGAGGAAAAUAUCACGGAGUUGGAGGAUACCUGAGUGUUGAAAAUUAUGAAGGAAUGAACGUGUUCAAUGAAAUACUCAAACAAGCUACGAUCGAGGCUGGUCAUAAGCAGUUGAUAGAUCUGAACGGAGAGGAGCAUAUUGGCUACGGUAGGGUGCAGUUCACUGCAGAAGGAGCUGUACGCUGUAGCACCGCGAAGGCAUUUUUGAAUUCCAUUAAAAAUCGAAAAAAUUUGCACAUUAUUAAGAAUGCCUUCGUAGUGUCAUUACAUUAUGAAUCAGAAAAUGUAGUACGAGGGGUUGAUAUGAUUGUUGAUAAUCUGUAUCCGUUGAGGGCUAUGGCAUCCAAGGAAGUUAUUUUGUCUGCAGGUGCAAUCAACACUCCUCAGUUAUUGAUGUUAUCUGGCAUAGGCAGACGUAAUGAUUUGACAUCACUGGAUAUACCUGUGAGGUCGGAUCUAAACGUCGGAGGAAAUUUACAAGACCACGUGUUUGUACCAUUAUUUUUUGGAAUUGGUAAAUCGAUCACCAACAUUACAGAGAUCAGGGAAGAAGUGUUAGUGAGAUUGCUUGAUUUCACUAUACGCAAUAGAGAUACGUUUAUCUACCUCAACAGAAUUGAUGAUGUUAUGGGAUUCGCAAACACGAAAAAUAGUAGGGCGAUGUUUCCAGAUGUGCAAUUUAUCAACAUGUUCAUCCCAAAAAUGGAUGGUGAUUCUGUGCAAUAUUACGCAGGGAUGGGAUAUCAGAAAAAUGUACUGGAUUCAAUCAGGAAGUACAUUCAAGAUCGUGACAUAGCCGUAGUUUGGAUAGUUGCCAUUGAUCCAAAAUCACGUGGGCGACUCCAGCUCAAAACAUCUAAUCCGUACGACCAUCCGAAAAUUGAAACAGGGUACUUUCAAAACCCUGAUGAUUUGGAUGUGAUUCGGGAGGGUAUUCGAAUACAACAAAACCUGUUUAACACGGAAAUCUUCGAAACCUUCGACACGAAUUUGUUGAGAAUAGACAUUACUGAGUGUGACGUAUGGGAGUAUAAUUCGGAUGAUUUCUGGGAAUGUUAUAUCAGACAUAUGAGCACUGCUAUUUAUCACCCAAGCGGCACAGUCAAAAUGGGACCAUGGAAUGAUCCGGAGGCUGUUGUUGAUUCGCAAUUAAGAGUCUACGGAAUCGACCGUUUACGAGUGAUUGAUGCCAGCAUUAUGCCGACGGUAACUAGUGGAAAUACCAAUGCGCCGACCAUUAUGAUUGCCGAGAAAGGUUCUGAUAUAGUUAAAAAUCAGUACAGCUAAUAGUAUGGAAU